AUGUCGAGCAGGCCCCCUUCCAGGGUCGUGUUUGUGGGAAACAUUCCCUACGGCCUCUCCGAGGAGCAGAUCACCGACAUCUUCAGCAGCGCCGGCAAGGUCGAGCGCUUUCGCCUUGUCUACGACUCCGAGACAGGACGGCCAAAGGGAUUCGGAUUCGCAGACUAUCCCGAUACCGACUCGGCCUCCUCAGCCGUCCGCAAUCUCAACGAAUAUGAAAUAAUGGGCCGAAAACUCCGUGUCGACUUCUCUAAUGAGCAGAAGACCGGAGAUGAUGAUGGCGUAAACACUGGUGCCUCCAAUGGCGGCGCUUCUUCAGGCUACAGCUCUCAAUCGAUACCCCUUCCUCCCCUCCCCGCCGGCAAGGAGAUCCCGCCAGGCUUGACAUGCACCGAUGCCAUUUCAAGAACACUCAAUACCCUACCGCCGCCUCAGUUGCUAGACAUUUUGAGCCAGAUGAAGACGCUGGCCACUUCGGAGCCUCAGCGGGCGACGGAGCUUCUUCAGCAGGCUCCUCAGCUGGCCUAUGCCGUCUUCCAAGCUCUCCUGCUGAUGGGGCUCGUAUCCCCCGAAGCAAUCCAGUCCGUCGUUGACCCGAACGCGCCGCCUCCAGCGCCUCUGCCAGCUGCCAACUUCCCACCGGCACCGGUUGCUGGAUUCCCUGGCGUCCCCGUCGCCAACCACACGCCCCCGGUCACCGCAAUGCCCUACGCGCCUCCGGCAGCAAACAACGCGGCUUAUGCUCCUCCGGCGGCAGCCCCGGCGGCGGCUCCUGCAGGGAUGGCCCAGGAUCCUGAUGCUCUGAUGCGGGCAGUCAUGGAGCUCCCUCAGGCUCAGAUUGACAUGCUUCCGGAGGCUGAUAGGCAGCAGAUUAUGGCUCUCAGAGCCACGUUUGCCAGCCAACGGCGCUAA